AAGAACUUCAUUCUUCUUUUUCGAAAAUGGGACGACUACUUGCCAAGAUGCUCUUCCCUCUUGCGAUGUGUCUUUUCGUUUCCGCAGUUUCCGCAUCAGAUAGUCCAUCUUCCAAUGAGGCAAAUCCUAUCGUCAUUUCAUCAGAAGCCAUGGAUUACGACACAAACACAAUCACAGUCAGAGAAGGAAAGAAGUUAAUGGUUAGUUGUGUAUUUGAAAGUGACGAACAAAUCCACAAAAGUGAUCUUCUUUGGAAACAAGCUAAUGGAAACAAUAUCGACGGAGAAUCCAAUCCAAGUCUUUUCUCUGUGAUUUUGAACGAAAAGGGGAGCAAACAUCGCAAAACAUCGCUACAUUUCUCAUCGGUUCACACGAGAGACACCGGACUCUACACGUGCACAGGAAGAACUGCUGGGGGAGAAAAUUUCGAGAAGACCAUCAAAUUGGUCGUACUCCCUGCCAUUGAAUGGAAUGAUAAAGAUACUGUGAAGGGAGCACUUCUUGGAGAGCCCAUCACAAUUGACUGUGGAGUUAAGGGGCCAUCCGGUAAAGAACCAAUGAUUCAGAUGACAAAUGGAAAUGGUGAGCCACUCGAUGAAGAAAUCUGGACAAUUGCUGGAAAUGAAGCCACCAUUGAUAGCUUGAAAAAAGAGCAUGCCGAGUUAACAGUGUCUUGUAUUACUAUUGAGAUGCACCAGGAAACAAGCAAGGAAGAAUUCCCAGUUGUUGACAGAAAAGAUGUUAACAUCGAAGUUUACACCCUUCCCGAGUUUGAGACGGAAGAAUCUGUGCAGUACACAGUUAUUGAUAACCACGUCCGUGAUGCAAUUAUCUACUGUAAUGUGACACAUUCCUUCCCACCAGUUCGUCACUACACUUUUUAUCACGGAGACGAGGAGAUCAAGAUGAGCGAUAAAUUCAACAUUUUUGUGAAUGUCGGAGUUUCUCAAGGAGCACAUCUCAAAAUUCACAAUGUCAAUGAGAACGAUUUGGGCACUUACAAAUGCGAAGCUAACAAUAUCAAAGCAAAAUCCUACCAUACAAUUCAUCUUAGAGAAGCCAAUGCCCCAGCUGAGCCAAAAGUAACUCUUAUCGAGGACAAGAGGCACUCCAUCAUCUGGAAAGUAGAAUCUAUCGAUCGAGAUCCAGAUCUUCCAAUGACCGCCGUUGAAAUUCGCCACCUCCGAGCCGGAACCGCCGAAGCUUCUGGAGUGUCCGAUGAGGAUAUUUCUGAUGCCUACUGGAAGAGUCACUCAAUUUUCAUGCAGAGAAAUAUCAAGGAUGAUGGAAUUUACGAAAUUAAUGGGCUAAGACAUGGACAUGAAUAUGUCUGGAGAUUCCGACAGAUUAAUGAAGCUGGAUUUGGAGAUAGUGUGGUAUUGCGUGCAAAAACGUUAGAUGAUCACGAUUUGGAAAUGAUGGAUUCGGCAUCUGACAGCAAAUUUCCUCUUGCCCUUGCCACGUUAUUUUUUGUCUGUCUUUUUAUCUAAUCUUUGAUGUUUUUUUGUGAUUAGAGUUCAUUAUCUCAUUUCCCCCUCUAUUGUCAAAAUUGUAAAUCGGUGAAUCUUCUAUUUUUCUAUCCAUAACUUCAUCUAAUUAAUCAAUAUCAUCCCCUAUCUCGUCCUCGAAAUUUUCCUAUUCUUUCAUUUUGCACUUUUAAACAAUAAUUAUAGAAUUCAUUAUCACAUUAACGCGUGAAAUGCAUUUUAAACGCAAUUCCUUCUCUUUUUAUAGAUUUUCAGUUCGUUCUCUCUAGUUCAGCUGAAAAAUGUACGGUUCAAAAUGUUUUUGGAUUUUUUAAAAACAUAAUAAGUAAUAAUGUUAUGGCUUUUCGUUUAUUGAAUAAACUUUAAAUACCAU